CUCCAUAAUAAAGAUUUUAAUUCUCUUUCAGAAUGCGUUACGUUGCAGCUUAUCUUCUGGCUGUCCUAGGGGGCAACGAGUCCCCUGCUUCAAAGGACUUGAAGAAGAUUCUCGACAGUGUAGGCAUUGAGACGGAUGAUGAACGCCUGAACAAGGUUAUUGGUGAACUGAACGGAAAAAAUAUAGAGGAUGUCAUUGCUCAGGGUAACGGCAAACUUGCCAGCAUGCCAGUUGGUGGAGCUGUAGCAGUCUCAGCUGGACCAGGUUCUGCUGCUCCUGCGGCUGCACCUGCUGCUGCUGAGGAGAAGAAAGAAGAGAAGAAGGAGGAGUCUGAGGAAUCUGAUGAUGACAUGGGAUUUGGCCUAUUUGACUAAACUUUUGCUACAGAAGCUAAUAAAACACUUUGUUUAAAA